AGAGCUCAGAGGAGAGCUCAAAGGAAAAAGGAACUCCAGACGUGGCUGCAAGGAAAGCUAAAGCCAAGGUGGGGCUUGUCCACAGGACCCUCUGGGCUUCAGGCUAGUUGUAUUCUACUGCAGCUUCAGCCCCUGAAAUCAGCAUGGCAGUUCAGGGCUCCCCGCUGGCUCUUGCCAAGUAUGACUCAGAAAAGAAGCACCUGCAAUGAACCAGCUACAAAUUUUCCUCGGGAUUCCGUAAAUUUAACAGUAGCCCAAUGCCAGUGUCACUGUCCGCCGGGUCGGGGGUGCUGAAAUUCGGAUGAUGUCUAGCAGGAGUUCGCAGGGAUGCUGCUGCUGGUCCCAUUUCAACAAGGACAAUGGCAGAUUCCUCCUCUUAGCGGUCCUGAUCGCAGUUUACCUGGCAGCUGGAGCUACAGUGUUCUCAGCCCUCGAGAGGCCGUCCGAAGUCGAGGCUCAGCAUCGCUGGAGCAGGACACUCCAAAACUUCAGCCAAAUAUUCAACAUCAGUAUGCCUGAGCUAAGGGACUUCCUGCGGAGUUAUGAAGCAGCCAUGGCCGCGGGCAUCCGGGCAGAUGCACUAAGACCACGAUGGGACUUCACUGGGGCUUUCUAUUUUGUGGGGACAGUAGUGUCAACUAUAGGUUUUGGAAUGACCACACCCGCAACAGUGGCUGGAAAAGUGUUCCUCAUAAUUUAUGGCCUAUUCGGGUGUGCUGGGACUAUCCUUUUCUUCAAUCUGUUCCUGGAGCGUAUUAUCUCUCUCCUGGCUUUUAUUAUGAAGGCUUGUCAUGAGCGGCAGCUGCGAAGAAGUGGUCUUCUACCCCCUAACUUUCGAAGGGGAUCAGCUAUCUCUGAAGUGGACAGCCUUGCUGGAUGGAAACCAUCCGUUUAUCAUGUGAUGCUGAUUCUGGGAAUUUUUGCCUUUACACUGGCUUGCUGUGCCUCAGCAAUGUACACAGCAGUGGAAGGAUGGAACUACAUUGACUCCUUAUACUAUUGUUUUGUCACGUUCAGCACCAUUGGCUUUGGAGAUUUGGUAAGCAGUCAAAAUGCAGUGUACCAAAAUCAGGGAUUAUACAGAUUUGGAAACUUCAUGUUUAUAUUAAUGGGUGUAUCUUGCAUAUACUCCCUUUUUAAUGUCAUAUCAAUUGUAAUCAAGCAAGUUUUAAACUGGCUGUUGAAAAAGUUUGGAUGCAGGUGUUGCUCAAAGUGCCAUAAAUCAAGUGCCCGCCUUGGUCGUCGCAAUGCCAUCACCCCAGGAAGUCGCUUCCGUAGGCAUAACAUCUCUGUGGAAACUGAUGGACAGUAUGACAGUGACACAGAGGGGAGGAGGCUUUCUGGUGAAAUGAUUUCAAUGAAGGAGCUCACAGCAUCAAACAAAGUCUCUCUGGCCAUUUUGCAAAAGCAGCUUUCCGAGAUGGCCAAUGGGUACCCUAGAAAUGUCAGUAUGAACAGCAGACAAAAUGGCUUCUCUGCAGGCAUUGGUGCACUAGCUAUCAUGAACAAUAGGUUGGUAGAAACAAGUGAUUCUAGGUAGAGUUUUUGACAGUCUCUUCUAUAAGAUAAUGACGUUUUCUUAUUCUUUAUUUAAUAAAA